AGGAAAACACUCUAAUGGGUGAGCGGAAAAGACUGUGACAAGCGCAGUGAGUGUGUGCGUGUCCAGAGCCGCUCGCGCCGCUGCACCUGUCCCUCUCCGUCUAGCGCCCAAACUCGGCAGGCAGGCUCGCGCGGACGGCGGGCGCGUUUUAUCCAGUCAGCGGCGCACAACACGGGCAGCCUGAACAUGACUUCGUCCUACAAUCUGGAUUUUCUACCCGAGAUGAUGGUAGAAGGACGAUUGUUGAGCGCCGGAGAAAGGAUUAACGGUACAGCUGGGAAGAUGAACGGCGCCCUGGAACACUCGGACCAGCCUGAUCCGGACGCCAUUAAGAUGUUUGUGGGUCAGAUCCCACGCUCCUGGUCCGAGAAAGAAUUAAAGGAGCUUUUUGAGCCGUACGGAGCCGUCUACCAGAUCAACAUACUGCGAGAUCGUAGUCAGAGCCCACCACAGAGCAAAGGGUGCUGUUUUGUCACAUUCUACACAAGGAAAGCUGCCCUAGAGGCUCAGAAUGCACUGCACAACAUAAAGACCUUAACUGGGAUGCACCAUCCCAUACAGAUGAAGCCCGCAGACAGUGAGAAAUCAAAUGCGGUGGAGGACAGAAAGCUGUUCAUCGGCAUGGUGUCGAAGAAAUGCAAUGAGAAUGACAUCCGAGUCAUGUUCUCUCCUUUGGGACAGAUCGAGGAGUGCCGUAUCUUGAGGGGACCAGAUGGACUCAGCCGAGGAUGUGCGUUUGUCACGUUUUCUACCAGGGCUAUGGCACAGAAUGCAAUCAAAGCCAUGCAUCAGUCUCAAACCAUGGAGGGCUGCUCCUCCCCCAUGGUGGUGAAGUUUGCCGACACGCAGAAGGAUAAGGAACAGCGGCGGCUGCAGCAGCAGUUGGCGCAGCAGAUGCAGCAGUUGAACAGCGCAUCUGCCUGGGGCAGCCUGACCGGCCUGACUGGCCUCACCCCACAGUAUCUGGCAGUAAGAGGACACACCCACGCAGCCACGCCAACCAGCAGCACAGCCAACGCAGCCGUCGCAUUGCUCCAACAAGCGACCUCCUCCAGUAACCUAGGAGCGUUCAGUGGUAUUCAACAAAUGGCAGGUAUGAAUGCUCUGCAGUUGCAGAAUCUGGCCACUCUAGCAGCAGCAGCGGCUGCAGCACAGAGCUCAGCCAGCCCGUCCACCGCUAGCGCCCUGACCUCCAGCACAGGGUCCCUGGGAGCCCUGGCCAGCCCAGCAGGUUCCACAGCUAACGCCGGUAUGGGUGCGAUGGGUUCCCUGGGUUCUCUUGGAACACUGCAGGGUUUGGCCGGGGCCACCGUUGGCCUCAAUAACAUAAAUGCACUAGCAGGUAGCGUCAACAUUGCUCACAUGCUCUCAGGUAUGGCAGCUCUGAACGGCGGGCUGGGCAGCACGGGCCUAAGUAACGGGUCGGCCGGGCCCAUGGAUGCUCUCACACAGGCCUACUCAGGGAUCCAACAGUACGCGGCUGCCGCCCUGCCCACCCUCUACAGCCAGUCCCUACUGCAGCAACAGAGUGCUGCGGGCAGCCAGAAAGAGGGACCUGAAGGAGCCAACCUGUUCAUCUACCACCUGCCACAGGAGUUUGGGGACCAGGACAUCCUACAGAUGUUCAUGCCUUUCGGAAACGUGGUGUCUGCCAAAGUCUUUAUUGACAAACAAACCAAUCUGAGCAAGUGCUUCGGUUUCGUCAGUUAUGACAAUCCUGUGUCAGCGCAGGCUGCCAUUCAGGCGAUGAACGGCUUUCAGAUCGGCAUGAAGCGUCUCAAAGUCCAGCUCAAGCGCUCGAAGAACGACAGCAAACCGUACUGAUCUUAGCUCUAGGGCCUCUCUCAUGUUACACUGCUAGGAACUCAUCUCCAUGACUCUAUGCUCAUCGUUUGCCUAGCAUGUCUACGUGGUGUACAAAAAAAAAAAAAAGUCUCAUCGUCCUGUCAUUAUUUCUGAUGUUUUUCUGAGUUCUCCUGCUCAUAAUCUGGUCUCCUUUUACUGAUCUUUGUACUUUGAUCUUAGCCUGAUCUGUUUGGAAAAUAUUCGCAUGUGACCUCAUUUUGAACUUUUUUUUUUUUCUUGUUUUUGUUUUGUUUUCUGUUUUUUUUUUUUUUGUUUGUUUAGAUUAACUUGUGAGGGAGGGAGGGAAGGAAGGGAGAAAAAAAAAUAAUAAUAAAAUAAAACAAUAAUAAUAAUGUGAAAACGCUGCAUUCACACUCUAGAGACAGAGUAUAUUUACUAACAUAACCAGAGCAUCAUUUUAAGAAAUAAAACAAAAAAGAAAACAAAAAAAUCCUGUGGCAAAACAAUUACAAAUAUUUACGUUUGACUUUUUUUAUUUCUUUUUUCUUUGUCAGAUUGUUUUCUCUCACUCUCUCUCUCUGUAUUGUUGUUUGUUUGUUUUUCAUUCAUUUAAAGUAAACUUGAACGUUCAAUACAGGGAUUGGCGUUGGGACUUACUGUCGGCAACACUCAAAAUUUGAGGCCAGCCGUAAGAAACCCAUGCUGGUUUCUAAAUGAAUAGACUACUUCCACGCAGUUUUAAUAAUAAUAAUAAUAAAAAAAGCUGUCUGAUCGAUAUUAGAAUCUCUCAGAGCUUGCUCGUGAUUUUUACAUUUUUCAGGCAGUGUAAAGUUUUUUGAUAAGGCCAUUUUAAGUGGCUUGAUUUCUCAUUAAAGUCUAUAUAAAACCACUUUUUUCUAGAGUAGUCAAGGUAUAAACACACACACACACACACACACACACACAAGAUUGCCCUGUUUGGGGGGAAAUGCUACCUACGUGUCACACCUUUUGCUGAACUGACUUACAGUUAGACAAUCUGUGGUUUAAAUGCACAUGAAAUGACCUAUAUUUUAUACUGUUUAAAUGUAUAGAGGAAAAAAAAAACAGAGUUUGUGUAACCCGCGGUCCCGUCGGUGCUUUUCGUGGAUAAAGUCGUGGUUUCAUCAAGUCUAACAGUCUUAUUUGUCUCAUGUUUUUAAAGAGAAGACUAAAAAUCAAUUUACUUGAACAAUAGAUAAAGCCUUUCAUAAGUACUAUUACUACUACUCCUUUUUGUUUUGUUUGUUUGUUCUUUUUUUUCUUUGUUUUUGUUUUUUUGUUAUUCUUUAUUUUGUUUUUUCUUUUCUUUUUUCUUUUUUUGAUAGGAGUCCCUCUUUGCUAAAUUUGUUGUUGGGUAAUUAGCUAUAUAAAAAUUCUUAAAAGUUACAGUGUCAGCUUGUGAAGCAUCUAUGUCAUUCUAUUAUUUCAUUUCUAUUGUGAGAAACAAUAUUUAGAUGUGUUAUGUUGUUCAGCAAAAAUGUGAUUUUUUUUUCUUAUAAAGAAAAAACAAGAUGAGUGGAAUUUAGUGCCAAAUUCUGACGGUACAUCCUGCCUACAGCUUCAGUGUUUUACUUGUGAAAUUAUUUGAUAACAUGGGUAUUUUAUUACGUAAGUGUUUUGUAUGGAACCCUCAUAUUUAAAGAUAUAGAUUUAAAAAAAGGUUGUUAACUUGCUCUUCUGUGGUCUUGUUGCCUGAAACUGUUCAUGUUUUUGAUUUCUUUCUUUCUUUUUUCUUUAUUUGUAAAGAUGUACAAAGUGCCCAUGUGUCAUAAUCGCUCUCACAAGCACACACACACACACACACACACACACACACAUACAUUCACAGGUAAGCACACACACGCAUACACACACCUAUGCGAAAGGUUGACCUCACAACCCUCUUUUCUUUGACGGUGUGUGUAUGUGAGCCCCUGAGAUUGAGUCUCAGCAGGUUCCCCUUACACACACACACACACACACACACAAUGCAUUUACACCACAGAAGGCUCCAAAUUUGACAGGACAAAUUCAUCUGAUUUAUCAUUUUAUGUGUGAUUGGACAAAAUAUUGAUGUAUUUUUGUGAAUUGUGAAUCAGGCAUUGAACUUUUGACCAUCAUAAUAGAAUACAGGGCCAUUAAGACAUAAUCAUUACGCAACAAUUGAUCGGUGUUCCUCGAAACGUCUCAGUUUAGUCUCGCUUUCUGCUGCCUUUAUCAGGACUAUUUUACGUUCGUAGGACAAACAAAACUCCGUCCUGAUGCCAAAGUAGUUCAGCAUGAUCCACAGUGUUCGAUAGCGCCUGUAGCACUUUGCUGUAAACGUUUACACAUCUUUCGAACGGUCCGUAAAAAUAUUGUUUACGAACGUAGUUUACAGGCAGCCCCCUCAAACCAGUUUACUUCACUAUAUAGCACUAUUUUAUACCCAAGCUCUGCUGUUGCCUUAACACGUCGAUCAGUAUUAAUGGGCUGGAAUACAUUGCUGCACAUUUAAUAUGUGUGCCAAGGUUGUGUGUGUGUGUUUUGAGUGACUGUGUUGUGUGACGGUUGUUCAUUGUAUAUUCGUCCGCGUUAUUUCGUAAUCUUUAGCCAAAACCGGAUCUGCCAAACUUUGUGCGAGCCAAAAAAAAAACAAAAGGGACUCUUUUAUGAAACAAGAACAAAUUUGUGUAAAUUAUUUGUAACCAUUUGUAUUGAAAUUUUUUUGUGUAUAAAAGUUUUUCCUUCAAUUGUGCGCAAGCAGAACUAAUUUCCUUAUGUACUAUAUAUAUAUAAACCAUUCAUACAUAAAUUGCCAUAUAAAAACAGUCUUAAGUAAUUUUUUACCCAUUCUUGUGUUAUUUGUUGCACACAUUCUGUAAGAUUUAAAAUAUGUAAAUCAAGUGUCUGUUCUCCAAACUAACUGAACUGUUACGUGACCUAUGGCUAUCUUUGCACACAAGAACAUUUGUAUAAACUAUUUGUAAAACUGACAGUUUUUGUAUGAAUGGUUUAUACAGAAAUUAAUUCGACUUGUCUUUCAUGAAAGAGGCCCCCAAAAAUUUAGUUUUUUUAUUUUUUAUUUCCCCCUUAAUGAGCAAGUUUCGCAUUGGGAAGUUCGAGUCAGUUUAUGAUAUACUUUCGCCAAAUCGUACAAACACAAAAGCACAUGCGCACUAGCAAAGUGUUAAAACACGCAGUUUUAAAAUCGCUUACCCAGUAAAGUCUUUUGACUCGCUGCUUAACCUCCCGGAAAAGUCGUUGGAAAUUCUGUUCGCGAGACCGAGUUCUAUGUUGCACGUAAGCAAUUAUUAACAUGCUAAAUUUUUCAUGGAAUGCAUCUUUGUUUGACCUCAUUUAAUCGGUUUGACUUGAUGUAAUAUCACUCUCUAAUGAACUGCGGUUCGGCUUAAGUGUUUUUACCUCAGAACAGUACAUUAUCGUUUCCGUCAUUCAUCACACUUCAUCACAAUCAACUUCAGACAGACAGGGUACGCUUUCACGGCCAGCACAAUUUCACAAACACAUGAAGCCACACAUUUGUCAGAUGUUUAGUAAAGCACAAACUAUACAGGGAGUUCUCGCUGAGACUCUUUCGCUCAGGGGUUUUACACGCCACACGUAUCUGAAAUCUGUUUGUUGUUUCUGUUGUUUCUUUCUUUCUCUUAAGUGCUAUUUAACAAGUGUAUUUUAAAGAAAAAGACAAACAAUGUGUAGUUUCCUUUUGCAUUUUGGCUUCUGUCAAGUUUUUCGGAAAUGUAUGUGUUUAUCUAAUGUGCCGUAACAAAAGCUUGUCGUCUGUAGAUUAAUAUCAUUUUGUUUGAUUCUAAAAAGAUUUCAGUAGUUUUAAGUAUUGUCUUGAGAAAAGCCAAAGUCGAUGCAUUUCAGUGGAUUAUGUAAGCGUGAUACAUGUUUGUUUGACAACACUUUGAAAAUCUGUCUUUGGAUGGGAAUUUAAAAAGUACAAAAAAAAGCAGGCUUUCCUAUUUCUAUCACUGAUUGUACUUAUGCCUUUUGUACCAGUGGAACUUUUUAUACUGGCAAUUAAAGGAAAAAGAAAAAAAAAACUAUCCGACAGGCUGCGGGCCGACAGCGACUGGUUCCCGAGUUUGAUUUCUAGUUGGCGUCCAGAACGUUAGGUUUUGAUAUAAAGAUUUUUUUUUGUUUUUAGAAGAACUUUGGCUUGGUAUCUUUAGCCUCCUCUUCUUUAUUCUUCACAUCAAGAUUUGCUUUCCAUUUCCUUUUGUUCAUUUCCUUUCUCGGAAAGAGGGUCGAGGAGUUUUCCUUUUGGCUUCUAAAUACGUAAUGCCGUUUGUCUUUACAACAGCGGUAAGUUUCAUUUAGUUAAGUAUUGUGCAGUCACCAUGAUAAAGACGAUUUAGAAGUAUUUAGACACCUUCAGUGGAUAAAUGUAUUAGUUUGACAAACGAGAUAAAAGUAAUUUGAGGACUUUGCUUUUAGCUGUUUAGAUUUUUCUGGUUUCUCUGUCUUUGCUGUUAACCUAACUGUGUAGCUGGAACAGUCAGACUUAUUUUUGUAAAUGUAUGUUCUUGUGUGAUGCAGUUUUUUGCCUCUGUCUCCGAUAUUAAACCAUUUUUCCUAA